CAAUGUCCUGAUCUCUCUCUCUCUCUCUCUCUCUCUCUCUCUCUCUCUCUCUCUCUCUCUCUCUCUCUCUCUCUCUCUCUUUUGGAUAAGAAAUUUGGUUCUUAAGUAAUCCCCAUGGGUUAUUCCAUUAAUCAUCAUCCCCCACUCCACUCCUCUUCUCAAUUCUCUCAUCCUGUUUCCUGCAAAAAUGAAGGACUCGAACUCGAACUCGAAGCCAUGGAGACCCUUCACAACAAAUUGCUGUUCGGCCGAAGACCAAACGAUCUUCGGCAAUAUCAGCCGUUGCAGGCCAUCCAAGUCCGAAUUCUCCAAAAACAUAGCCCCGCUCCCUUCUUUCAGACGCGUGUCCUUUUCGGACCUCAGUCACUCUUCGUCUAUUCGUAUCAACGAGGACUUGGCCCAGUCUUUUGGCUCGGACUUGUACGACUUUCAACUCAGCGAGUUGCGUGCGAUAACGCAGAAUUUCUCGAGCAGUUUCUUGCUGGGGGAAGGCGGGUUCGGGACGGUGCACAAAGGCUAUGCGGAUGAUAACCUGAGGCCUGGUUUGAAGGCUCAGGCUGUUGCUGUUAAGCUUCUUGAUAUUGAAGGCUUGCAAGGACACCGCGAAUGGCUUGCGGAGGUAAUAUUUCUGGGCCAACUUCGGCACCAAAACUUGGUAAAAUUGAUUGGCUAUUGCUGCGAAGAAGAAGAGCGGCUUCUGGUGUAUGAGUUCAUGCCGAGAGGCAGCCUGGAAAAUCAUCUUUUCAAGAGGAAGUCAGUUUCGCUGCCGUGGGGCACGAGAUUGAAGAUUGCCAUCGGUUCAGCCAAAGGCCUCGCGUUCCUGCACGGUGCUGAGAGCCCAGUCAUAUACCGGGACUUCAAAACUUCCAACAUCUUGCUGGAUUCUGAGUUCAACGCUAAACUGUCGGACUUUGGACUUGCAAAGAUGGGCCCUGAAGGAUCAAACACCCAUGUCACUACAAGGGUUAUGGGUACCUAUGGAUACGCUGCUCCUGAAUAUGUCAAUACAGGGCAUUUGACCACAAGGAGUGAUAUUUACAGCUUUGGGGUGGUGCUUCUAGAACUACUCACUGGAAGGAGAGCAUUGGACAAAACAAGGCCAAAGAGUGAGCAAAACCUCGUUGAUUGGUCGAAGCCUUACUUGACAAGUAGCCGGAGGUUGCGCUGCAUAAUGGACCCGAGACUUUCUGGCCAGUAUUCCGUCAAAGGGGCAAAGGAAAUGGCUCUUCUUGCGCUUCAAUGCGUGAGUCUCAUCCCCAAAGACAGGCCGAAAAUGCCAGUUAUUAUUGAAACUCUUGAAAGCUUGCAAAAACUCACAGACAUGGCUGUUACGUGCGGUCAAUGGCCGGCAUCGCCAAAUCCGGGGAAGAAUGCUGUGGCUUCUGAGAAAGGGGGGAGGAGAGAGAAUAAAGGCGCGAUUUUCUGGAAAAAAUCUCCAGUUGCUGCAACCCCAAAGAAAUAAUAUCUCUAUUGCUGAAAGUAAAGACUCUAGAGACGCAUAUUUAUGUGUAUAACAUAAAGAACUGGAUGUGUAUUCAAUACACAUUGAAUUUUAAGGCAUGUUUUAGAUGCUUAUGUAAAUAUUGUGAUAUCUGUAAUAUAGAGUGUACUGUCUUGCCAAUA